CCAAUGCGACGGUAAUCCUGCAAACGUAUUUUAUAAGUCUUCAGAAGACCUGUCAGUUCAAUUUUGGGAGAGAAAACUGAAGGUUAGCUAGGCAUUGAUGACAUGUAAUAAUGGUGACACUUCAGUGAAUUUUUACAGCAAAAUCAACAUUUAAAAUGUCCUUACAAUAUUGCGAUCUGUUUAUGAUAUUGCAAUUCCAUAUUUCUUAUGUUGACUUUUCAUCGGGUUGAGUUUUUUGGCGUGUAAGAAAAUUUUUCCGUUUGUAAAUUUAUUUGGGUUAAAUAUUUACCAAGCGGCGGAAGGCUUCCAUGAGAACGCGCAGUUAAGAUGGGGAAAAAGUGCCUAGGGAAGUGUCAUGUAUUUUGAGUACGAUUAUAGCCGCAUAGCUCCCCUGAUAGGGGGCAAUGAGCGAAAGACAUCCUUACGCUGUUUCGCUACACAGUGGCGCUCGUGCAACCCCAAUUCUAAGUGCGCACCCGGCUUCUACUGUCACUUCUCCUGGUGUUACCCUUACUACCAAUGCAACCACCACACCCAUUGCCCCACAAACUGGGGCUGCGAUCACAGUAUUCAAGUCUGCAAACCAGGCCUUCAGCGCUACUGCACAAACGACUACCACUGCACCUCUGGGAGGAGUUAUUGUAAGAACGGUUUGUGCAUGCCGGUUGAGUGUUCCUACCACGGGGAAUGCCCCGCCGGGCAAAGAUGCAACCCGCCAGGCGUGUGCAGGACGUUUAAUGGAAAGUGCAGAUACCACGUGCAAUGUAGCCACGGAUAUGUCUGCUACAAAGGUUUUUGUGCGAGAAGGCAGUGUUACCAUAACUCGCAGUGUAAACCCGACUUUAUGUGCCGUUACCCUGGGAUGUGCGAACCAAGCCCAGGGUACUGCAUCAGUCCAAAUUCAUGCGGCGAGAACCAAUGCUGCCUCAGAGCUUAUAAUCCGAACUACGGAACUUGCAGCAACCUGCUGGGGCCUGGGGACUGGUGUAAUCUGUCGCAAAGACCACAGACUUGUCCGUGCAAGCCUGGGUACAAGUGCCAAGAAGUGCAGCAAAAAUGGGGGCAGUGUGUCGCCAUAGCAACGCAACCACCACCAACCGAGGUGCCUGGAUCUGGCGAAAUUGAUGCCUGAACGACAUACGGAUUUGAAAUAAUCUGAAAUAAAAGUACAAUAAAGCCACCAACAAGAAA